CAAUGCUGUGUCUGUAUCCACUAGUGUUACCGUUGGACAAAUUGUUAUUUAUAUACCACCUGAUUUCAAAUUUUGUAACAAAACGUUUUGUUUUUUAUUUUCUAAUUUGUUUUUUGAAGAGGUGAUGCCACUGACUUCCCUUCACCUGUAGUUCCUCUUUGUUAAAACAAUGACAUUUGUUCCUCAUAUUUGGUAAAUUCUACCAAGUCUGACUCAUAUAUCUAUGACAAAUAGAGAUAAGGGCAUCAAGAUGAAUUACUUUUCUUUAAGUGCUUUUAUCAUGAUGUUUAUUUCUAUAGGUGCUGGAGAAUCAUGCCCACAAAUUACUGAGAAUCUGCAUUACUCGUGUAUGGGAAGAAACCUCAGCUAUAUACCAGCCAGUAUACCCUCCUCUGUUCAAACACUUGAUUUCAGUUUUAAUGUCUUGAGAUACUUACGGAAGACUGUAUUCCCGCUUUUCUCCUUUCUGCAAGUACUUGAUCUUUCAAGAUGCAACAUCAUACACAUUGAAAACGAUUCUUUGGACAAUGUGAAGAAUUUGACAGCUUUGAUUCUCACUGGGAACCCUGUUACAUAUUAUGGACUUGAAUGCUUUAAUAUCUUACAUAAUCUACAGCGACUGGUUCUUGUGGAUGUCGGUCUCACUUCCCUACAGUUUCAUAUGAACAAUCUGACCAAACUACAGGAACUUAAAGUUGGGACAAAUAACCUUCAGUCCAUGACUCUCCCUCCAUAUAUGAGCAGUUUUACAGACUUCACUGUGUAUGAUCUACAUGCUAAUAAUAUAUCCAUCAUAAAAUCUGAUCACACCACUGUACUGCGAGAGAUUGGCAGGAACAUGACUUUAAUACUCGGUAGGAAUCCUUUAUUAUACAUUGAACCAGGAGCUUUCAAAGACAUUUAUCUGAGAGAGCUGGACAUACGAUCUGCUUUUGUUUCAAUGAAUGCACAGAAAUUUGGUCUAAAAGCUCUUUAUGGACUUCAUGUCAAGAGACUGAUGUUUGAAAGAUGCAGAGGUACACGCAUGUUUUAUUCAUUGGACACAGACUUUUUAGAUGGCUUGUGCUCUAUACAUUUUCAGGAGAUAUAUUAUUGGUUGGAUGUUGGAUCAGCCACAUAGCAUGUUA